GCCAGCUCUUUAAAAGAAGCUGCGAAUAUGUAUUGACUGUAAACAAACAAAUGUCAAUUUGGUUACAUAUUGUAAUACCCAAGUCUGUAUGCAUAUUUGGUUCAUAAUAUGGGGAAUGAGCAGUCCGCAGCCCCUCUACCGGGUCAGGCCAUGCCUGGAGAAGUUAUACAGAACCUGAGAAAGGGAACCCCUUUCACGUUCGUGGAGGCGGACCAGAUACUCAGGCGCUACAGUACCCUGGACGCCACGGGAACGGAAGGGAUCGCUGUGGAGGACUGUUGUUUCAUGCAGGAGUUCACCGCCUGCCCCUUCGCCGGUCACGUGAUUCGUCACCACAGGGAUCCCGAGACCAAGCGGAUCCUUCCGCGCAAUUUCAUGAAGAUUUGCGCGAUGCUGUGUCGCCGAACGCCCGCUUUGACGAAAAAGCAGCUGCUGUUCGACAUGUUUGACGUGGACAAACAGAAGAUCCUCACGCACGACGCCAUGUUCAAGAUCUACAAGCUGCUGUUCUCCAGCGCCAUCUCAGACGACCACAUUCUCGCGCUCGUGUUCAGCGCGUUACGUCACCCCAACCUCUCGCACGACGACGAGGUCACGCGAGAUGAAUUCGCGGAGAUGAUUCCAGACAACGAGAUACAAGAGCGGCUGUCAAUAGAUUUCGCCUUUGAUCCGAGCCUGAGUUUCGUCGGACAAGAAGAGGAGGAAGAGGAGGAAGAAGAAGGUGAAGACCAACCUGACAACACUUAGGUCACGUGAUCACGCGAACAUGUUCACUGUGCACCUUUCGACAAAACGCUUGUCGACUGAAUCUUGCCAAAAUACCACUUUGCGCUUGUCAUCUGAACUGCCUCGUUCAAUUUGUAACCAAAUUUGAAUUUAUUUCGUGUGUUCAGAUCUAAGCAUUUGUCAAGUAUUCUUAAUAAGUAGUAUAGAUUUUCAGCAUUGUCAAACAUAACAUGUUUUCGGACGUUAUGUUUUCGCGGUUUAUUUCUUUUGCUAACCAAACAACGUUCAAAAUCGUCACUAGAAACAUUGACGUUUUUAUGCCCACGUAUGCAGUGGUGGAACCAGCAGUACAGGUAGUUCCAAUGUAAGGCUGUUUGGGUUAUAGUAGUCAUAGUAUGUAAAAUGAUUUAUAGAAUUUCGGCGAUGUGAGUUCACUUUCUGAGAACAGUGCAUAAAUAUUGGCAGAUAAGUUUGUACCGGUAUUUUUUUUAAAUGUUAACAUGUAUAACGACAGGGUUGUUUACAUAUGUUUUACAUGUUAAAAGAGUGUGCUCAAUAACAUUGAAUCUCUGUUUAUCUGUAUUAGGUAGUAUUUAAAAGUUAAUUGUUAUUGUAGUAUGUACUUAUAUAAUUCACACCGUGCAAUCGACUAACGCAUCGUCUGCGGUUCAUCCAUCGGCUGCAGAAGCGUAUACAUAAACCGGAAGCGUAUACAUAAAUCGGAAGCGUAUACAUAAACCGGUAGGGGACAAUAACGGAAACUGCUGAGACAUAUCGCAUUUAAUCCGUUAUUAAUGAUGUAAUUUAAUAUAUGUCCAACUGAAAGCAUCAAAAAGUUACAAAUAUACACUAAAGAAAGAGACCAUUUCGGAAGUGCGUAGGAAUCAUAUUCAUCACCAUACCUGUUAUAUAACUAUUUAUUCCAUUUGUAUGCAUCUACCUCAAACUGUCUAUUAUAUGUAAUUGUUUGUAAAUGAAUGUGUAUAUACAAUAAAAUAUGUUUAAACUAAACUAUUUAUUCGUCUUCCAAAGUAAAAACAUAAACAAUUCAAAUCCUGACUUACCGCUGUUCUGUAUAAUACGAAUAAAUGUCUACCCGGAAAAAAGGGAAGUAACCUACAGAGACAAUCAGCGCGUUAUUGCUCAAUUUUGCAUAUAAUAGCAAAUGUUUUUUAAUAACAGUGAGUUUUUCCAGUAUACCAGUUCCAAUGGGUAGGAAAUAUAAGUAUGUUCUUCACCGGCAACAAGGUGAGAAUACCAGUUGUUAUAACGAUUAAGGAUUACACACAAUUAACUUUACCCAAUCUGUUUACGUCUUUGGCAUAGCGAGAGUCAAGUGUACUCUACAUGAUGUGGAGACAAAUUGCGUGUAAAUGACUUGUUUCAAUACUGUCAAAGUAUGAAUUAUUUAAAACGAUAUCCACUCACCCAUCCCAUUUUAUUAAAAAAAUAAAAAUCUUAAAACCUGUUUUUGUGAUCAGAUUCUAUCGAAUAUGGUCAAUGAGAAACGUCAAAAUCCCAUCCAAUUUUCAUUGCCGCUGCCGAUGGCUUGAGCAUAAUUUUAUUUUCGCAGCCGAUGUCAUGAACAUCUAAUAAGUAGCCGCGGCCGUUGUCUUGAGCCGUUUUUCUAACCCCACUCGAAUUCAAACGUUGAUAAAAAUGUUGUGUGUUCAUGUGGAAUGCUGUUCUUUGGAAUAACCGAAGAGAAAUGAUUAAAUAUUUCAAUAAAAUGGUGUUCAUAUGUAUCUUUGGUCUAAAUCCUGUGUUAUUAGAGUUUGACAGAGAGAGUGGUGAAUUUUGUUUGAUUUUUGACCACAUUUUAACGGAUUUCUUUAAAAGUAAGCAGCUAGGAAGGUAAGGAUUACGUUCACAAAGACAUUCUUACAUAGGCUCUCAAACAACACGCGCAAAUAUCAUCAUUUCAAUACGUAAAAUAUAAAGAAUAGGGAAAUACUUACACUCCGCUUUUACCGGACAUGUAUACGCUUCCGCAGCCGAUGGAUGAACCGCAGACGAUGCGUUAGUCGAUUGCACGGUGUGUAAUUGCUAUACAUGAUCUUCAUGUCAGUCAUAUAAUCAGGCUUAGAUUUAAAUAGAUACAAAACAUACAUUGUACAUACAAAAAUGCAUUUUUAUUGAUGUUGUAUAUGUUUGAUAAAUUGGAUGAAAUACAAUAAUAUUUUU